CCGAUCAUAAGGAUGCCGGUUAAAGUGGACGUGGUGCCGCCUCCACCGGCCAAUUCUAAACAACCCGGCGUCACCAAAUCUUUACUCUACAAUGGCUCCAGAUUCCAAGGUUCGCAAAAGUCCAAGGGCAACAGUUACGACGUUGAGGUCGUGCUACAGCAUGUCGACGAGGAGAACAGUUAUCUGUGUGGCUAUCUCAAAAUCAAAGGUCUAACCGAGGAGUUUCCUACGCUCACUACUUUCUUCGAUGGCGAGAUUAUAUCCAAAAAAUAUCCAUUCCUUACACGCAAAUGGGAUGCCGAUGAGGACGUCGACAAAAAGCACUGGAGUAAAUUCGAAUCGUUCUGUCAGUAUGGAAAGACGUUUAAUUCAGACAGUUUCGACUAUGAUGCGUUGAAGGGAACGGAUUUCGUUUUCAUGAGAUGGAAGGAACAUUUUUUAGUGCCUGAUCACACGAUCAAAGACAUCAAUGGUGCCUCUUUUGCAGGCUUCUACUACAUUUGCUUUCAAAAAUCAGCUGCUUCCAUUGAAGGCUAUUAUUAUCAUCGAAGUUCUGAGUGGUAUCAGUCGCUGAAUUUGAGGCAUGUACCAGAGCACAGCAUACAGAUCUAUGAAUUCAGGUGAAACACUGGAUUUGUCGACAUUCAUUUACAUGGUAGCUUUGUGAUUGAUCUCUUGAUUGGAUCUAUGCUCGCGCUGAACUCAGUGAUAGUUUCUCUUGUAAUGUUUUUGCGUUUUUGUAUUAUAAUGAGCGUGUCCUCUCUCGAAGAGUGGACUAGUGCCUCAAGUAAACAUUGGUAAGUGAUAGAAAAGCUAAUACGCUUAAUUUAUUUUCAUUCAAAUUUUACAAAAAAAGCAAAUAUUAGAGACUCGUUAAUUAUAUUUUUAUUUUUCACGUUUUUCAAAAUUACAAAUGGAAUGUAUUUCUUAGGUUAAGAUUGAAAUUUUUUUAUUUCAGUGCUAGGACAAAAAACUUUUCUAUCAUUAUUGAUUUUUAGAAUUUCUACAAUUUUUGAAUUUGUGGUUAUAAAGUAAGAAAAAUGCAAAAGGCAAAAAAAAUAAGACAUAAUUACCUCGUACUAGUCAAGAAACAAUAACUUCAAAUGAAUUGCUUUUUCGAGUAGUACAUCUUGAUUUUAACAGAAAGAAAAUCCAAAAUAAAAAAAACUUAAAGAUUAAUGUAUUUUAUUAGACUGUUUUUGAAAAUUUUUAUGAAGUAAAUCAAUGUUUUUUAAUCAAAACACAGUAGAAUCUUAUGUGAUUUCUCUGGAUCUGUUAAAAUUGAGUAGAAAGGCAAUUUAUCUCAUAAAAAAUAGGAAAGAAAAAAGUACUAAUUUUUAAUAUAAAAACUUUGAAAUGUAUAGACGUUUUUAGUUGAUAUAAUACCAGAGGUAUUGAAGAUAAAAUUUUAUGAUGAUUUGUUACUUACUGCUUCCAAAUAUCUCUAUCAUGUAAUAUUGAAACAUCGAUAAGAUUAAUGCAUUGCUAUCGUAUGUUUUAAAUGAUAUAUGUUAAGAGACUAAUUAUUUCUUCAAGCAAAUUAUCUGUAUAGUUAUUAAAAUUAUACAACUCAAAACAAAAAUAGUAAAUAAGAAUGUAUAAGAGUGAAUGUAGAAUGAAUGAAAUGCGCGCGAAAAGAUAGAGAGAGAGAGAGAGAGAGAGAGAGAGAAAGUUGCAUGGAAGGCGAUGAAGACGACGGCUUUGGCUAUAAUGAAAAAUUCUGUUAGACCGUCCCUUACAACGUAAUACGCAAUUUGCAUCAUACGUUUAUGGAAAUCGUAGAUCUAUCGUAUAAUUUAUUUUUUAUUGUACAAAAAGAUUAUGUAAAUUGGGCUGUGUCUUAAUGUAACGAGAAUUUUAUCAAGAUAAUCCGCGGCCUGCCUCUUCAUCCAUUAGUAUCAUGUUUUUUUUUCUUCUGUAAUUUACACACACAUCCACGACAGCGUCUAUGUUUUUGUUCUUACGUUGCGCUGCUUCUUUUCUUUAUUUUCUCUUUUUUUUUAUAGUAGAGACUUUUAUUAUUUGUACAUUAAUAGAAUGACUUUUUGCUGCGUCCUCCGUCAAUAUUUUUUAUAUAUUACGUGUAAACAUCUAGUUUCUUGUAUACCGAUGAAAGUACUGCAAUCUCGCCAGAAUGAAUUUGUAUGUACAUAAAUGAUGUGUGUCACACGCGCGAUUACAAACAUAUAUUUGAUAUUUUUGAGAAAAAACGAUUCAACCAUCAUUGUGCAUGUGUGAUUUCAACGGAAAUUGUUCGCAUUUACACAAAUGGUAAUGAGAUGAAAGGUCAGAAUAAUAGAACAAAGAAAUGAAAUCUUUUUUGUAGAAUUUAAGCGAUUGACAACGACGAUGCUCAUGAAACCAUGAUUUUAUUUUUAAUGUUUUUGCUUCGUUUUCCAAUUUUAUUUAUUUGUCACUAUACGGGAGGGUGGUGUAGGCGUUUCUCAACGAACACUGCUAUUUGGGAGAUGAACAACAUACACAAACAAAUUGUACGUGUAAUAAAG